AACUAAUAAUAACAAUAAAUAUGCUGCUCCAAAUUGUUGCGUUUUAGAGGGAGAGUGAAAUUCCAAGUGUUUCGUUUUGCAGUGGAUAAAGUUAAUUAGAACAAUCAUAGCUCUUAAAUACAAUCCAGCGCUGACAUAACACAACGCCUACGAAAAUUUAUAGACUGUUCUUAAUCGAAUGGCUUUACGCAACGAGUUGGCUAUCCCUUUAAAUUUCCCCCAAGAUGAACUAAAUUCAGUAUCAAUUAUUCGAAUUGAAAGAGAAUGUAGGAAAUCUUAUAAAUCACAGAGUCGUGCUUGUAAAAAUAAAUAUCAAGCACACCAAACAUAGAAAUUUAUUCUCAAAACUCAUUAAUCGCACUUCUACAAUUACCUGUUGUGCUAUUAUUGCUGCCCACAAGCUUCACCUGGUCUCACCAACGCAAUCUUGCAACUAAUAAUCUUACAACAUUGCUUUUUACAGGAUGGCAAGCAGGUGGAUUCAUGAAACUAAUUGUUACAUUCUGUGUCUUUUCGUUUUAUUUUGCAAUAAUUCUAAACCGUUCGGCGAUUUUAUCACUAUUAUCUCGAGAUAGUUACCCCAACUUAUUUACCUACAUCGUUUGUGUGCUAUACGAUGCAGCAGCGAUAAGUAUCCAGUGAUAUAAGACGGUACACGUUUUGUAUGCCACACACAAACGGCUACGAACAAAGUCGGUAAAUGUUGAAAAUCUGACGGGGACUUUUCAUUAAUAUGCGUCCUUGUUGACGUAGUCAUAGCUUGUUUAUUGCCAUCGUGUUGCAAGUGUAAACUUCAGUAGUUUUAACAAUGUUCGCCAAUAGAUCAGUGGGUGCGUGUACAGUUAAGUGACAAAGUGACCACCGCCAAAUUUUUCAAAGUGAAUACAAAUUUGACAAAGCGACCACCUCGACUAACGAAAUUUUGUUUACGUAUUUUGUGGUAAAAUCAACAAAUUGGGACCCGAAACCGGUUCUGGUCCAAAAAUAACCCAAAAACUAACCGUCUCAGGUAUUUUAUAGAACACGAUAUCUUAUGAUAAUUGCCGGUGUAUAAAGCAGGAAAUUAUUAAAAUUUUAAUUUUUUGAACUAGACACGGUGUUCAGAAUCAAUUAACAAUUGGUUUACACAAUUUGUGGUAUCAUUUCUGAAAAUUUUAAAUUUAAAAUAAAGUGUUUGUAUAUUGUUACGUCAGUAGAAGGCAGAUUUAUGGGUAUGAUUCAAUUAUUCUUGAUAUGAGAUGACUUAUCAGGUUUAUUAAUGUGUGAUCUUAAUCUUUUUGUAAAUAUGCAAUUAGUCCAGGCUUUAGUCAUCAUUUUCGACAUUUUUUUAGUCCACAAUUCUAAUUCAUUUAUUCUAAUAAGUAAUGCUUAUUUUACAUAAAAGCGUCCGAAGCGGCACAUUUACAAUUCCUUCAACGUGUAAACACAUCAAUGUCAAAUUAUUUCAACAGCAGUUACAGAUAUUGAUUCACCAAUUUACAUCCGUUAGAAUUUUUGUGUCACAACUUGGAAUAAAAGUAAAUCCGCUUCCAGGUUCAUGAACUUUAUGGUAGCUACAAUAUAUGGUUAUUUUUAUUAAUUUUUAAUUUGGUAGUCCAAUCGCAAACAAUUUAUGCGAUCACAUCUAUUAUUUCAACAAGCUGCCAAUUGUUUGUUCUUUACGAAUCGAUUACAAUAAUUGAAAUCUGAGAGCAUCGCUUUAAAAUAAAUUCCUGUCACUAUUUAUGAUGUAAUGAUGUGAAUUUACGCCCAUUAUUUUAAAUGAAAAAAAUUAGCAUGUAACAUCUCCACCCACACAAUCCAUGGUAUCACAGCAGUGGGCAGGAGCAAGGGCAUGACAACACUAUUUGAAUACAUUGAUACUUGAAUAAAUUUGGCUUAUCUUUGAAGAAAAAAAGAAAUCGUCCAUUUCCUUGUGCCCUCACCUUGACUCCAAUAAUACCUGAAAGUGAUGGUUUUUAUGAACUUUAAAAGCCGGCAUUUACCAUAACAAUGGCACUUUUCAAGUAUUGAAUACUGGCGCCUUCGUAGGUCGCUGUUUCAAGAAGAAAAACUCUCCAAUUCUAUGCAGAAUUGUAACGGACAGUAAUUAAUAAAUUUGUGUUUGUUGUUUGAGGGAAACAUUUUUAAAAUUGCCAAGAUAAAUGCCUCCUGUGUCCCUUCUACUGUUCUUGUGAUUGUGCACAACCCCAUGUGUCCAGUGUCAAGGAGGGGCAGCAGAUCUUCCGGUCUGUUUUACAAAAUGAGCAUUUCGUCUUGAAACAUAAUACUUCCUCCGCCUAAAACAGUCCCAUCGCGGUAUUCCAACAUGCAACAGAAACUUGGUCGCAUUACAAAUUGUAGGUGGUCGACUUGUCGCGGCUUAAACAUGUCACGAAUGUAAUUUGCAAUUAUGCGUGUUUUGGAUUAUUAUCUAAUCGGGCGUUUUUGAAGAUAAAGUAUCGAUAUAUGAGGGUGCAACCAGGAAAAGUGAAACAUGUUGAUGUAAAACGUGUAUUGUGUGUUUAUUCAACUGGGAGAAUGGGGAAAUCAGCCAGUAAACUGAAGAAAAGGAAGGAAACCAAAUUAUCUUGGACCCAGAGGUUUGGUUCCCUUCCGCUGCGAUCGAAAUCGCGUAUCAAUAAAGCCAACAAUGUGUCCUUCAGUGACAGCAAAAAUGCGAAACACAUCGAUAUUACCCAAUGGUUAAAAAGAAUGGAACUUGGACAAUACGAGAGCUUGUUUCAGAAAUUCAACGGGGUUGAGGAUCUCUUAGAAUUUUCCGAAGCCGAUCUGAAGGAUUUAGGAGUGAAAAUAUCGUCGCACAGAGCGAUGAUUAUCAGCAGUUUGACGAUUUUAAGAGCGAAAUAUCAUGGAAAUUUUCGGAGACAACCUUCGAUCCGACACAGCGUGGCUGUGGAUAAAACCAUCACGAUUGAAGAAACCGACAAAUUAUCGAAUUUAAGCUCCGUAUAUGAGCCAGUCCAAAGUAAAAGCUUAAACAAUCUCAUUAUGGAGCCUACGGCGGACCCCUCGAUGAACUCUCUCGAGCUGAAAAAAGCUCUCGAAUGGGAGCUUUCUCUGGACAGUCGCGACUUGCGUUCACACGCUUGGUAUCACGGAGCCAUUCCUCGAUCCCGUGCCGAGGACAUUGUCCGAGAGGAAGGCGGCUUUUUAGUCCGGGACUGCACUUCCCAACCCGGCAAUUACGUCCUAACUUGCCGAACGAAAACCCAACCCUUGCACUUUGUAAUCAACAAAAUCAUCCUCCAGCCGGACACGGUGUACGAACACGUCCAAUUCCAGUUUGAAGAGGAUGCUUUCGACACCGUCCCCGACCUUAUCACCUUUUAUGUGGGCUCGGGAAAGCCCAUCACGGCAGCGUCUGGGGCCAGAAUACAGUUUCCGAAAAAUCGGAUGUACCCCUUGUCGUUCUACGCUGCCAAAUACCCCACACCUCUGCCCCAGAGCAGGCUGAGCUCCCCGGCAACGACCCCAAUCGGGGGAAUGGGUAUGGGGUACCGCCACAGCCCCCUACACCCCACACGGCCCUCAUCGUCCCCCACGCGGAGCACCCGAGAGGCCCCCCCGAGACUCCCCAACAAGAAACAAAGAUCACAAUCGUUAACCCCCUCCGAAGUCAAUAGAAUAUCGCAAGAAAAGUGCAACAGCGCUGAUGGUGUUAUACAAUCACCCCUUAUGACACGCUCAGCGGGGGCUGAUCUGAUCAAUUCUGGGUUAAAAUUCUCAACUCAUUCCCUCCCCCGCAGCCCCAACACCAAACUGUCCCUUUCGGCAAGUUCCAACACUUUGGGGCGAAAUUGCCGGAUUACUAGCGACCCCACGUUGUCUCCUUGUGCCGAAAAGAAAUUUUUCAAUGAGAGUGACUCCGGAAUUUCGGAUUCCCCACCUCCAAAACCCUCCCGAGUUCCUAGUAUCAUACGUCUCGAAUCGAAAGAAUCAGACAGUAGUGACGGUAAAAUCUCCGAAUUCUUGCCCCAUGGAAAUUUACAAAGGGUCACAUCGUACCACGCGUCCGGAUCGGACUCCGGAAACGGUUCCGGGGAUUCGGCACUCAGUUCCGCGGCGGGUGAUGCGAUUGAAAGCAAUCAAAGAAACUCCGGAGUGGUUAUUAAAAACCCACGAUAUAACAUAGUAACGUCCGAAUCAUCAACGACUUUAAAGAAUUUCGAGAUUGACUAUGCCGAAGCAGAAGAGAAGCUCUUGAAGAUGAUACAGCCGGAAAUUAAUCUUGGGAGUAGGUUUGACCUUGAGAAUUUUCACACGCUCCUAUUGCCGGUGAAUGAGAAUAAGCCAUUGGACACGCAGGCUUUGAGAGGGGUUAAAAUGAUGCUACAAGAGUCCGGACCACGGAUUUUAGCGAAUCAUUUGACGAGGACUGACUUGGACGUGAUUUUUCAUAAACCGAAAGAUGCGGUUCAAGCGAGACUAGCGAGUGGGAUUGAGUUGUGUGCGCUUCCGCAUGGACAUCAGUUCAGGGUGGAUUUAAUUGAAAGAACGGAAUGUCUGAAACUGCUCGUAGCGGUAACAAUUUUAACAUGUACCGAAGAGUUCGAACGGACCGAAAUGCUAAAUAAGUGGAUCGAAGUAGCGAUAGACACGAAGACAGCCCUCGGAAAUCUCUUCGGUUUUUGCGGGAUCAUGUUAGGUUUAUGUUUGCCACAGGUGGAAAAACUCGACACGACGUGGCACAUGCUGAGACAGAAAUACACCGAUUCGGCGUUCAAUUUCGAAGCGAAACUACGACCAACUUUAAAAAAUAUGAACAGUUGCUCAAAUCCUCAGGCACCAAAUACGACAAUUCCUCACUUAUUGCCAUUAAUAUUGCUCCACGAGCGCACUUUAGAUGAUUUUAUCACACCCACGGAACACAAUCAGUUAACUACGAGUUGUCUGGGCUUGUGGGAAUCGAACACCCAAGACUUUGGUCUUACCACUUUACUUAAUCAUCUGGAAACUGCCAGGAAAUAUAUGGACUCAAGUGCUUCUUACCAAAGAAAUGCCGAAAUCGUGCUAGGGGAAGCGAGGAUGGAGGAAUUGACACUGGAUAUGUUUAGAACAGAGUUUCAGAUGAAAUUCUUGUGGGGGAGUAGAGGGACUUUUGUUCCGGCUGAUGAAAGACAUUCGAAGUUCGAACAAGUGCUCUCAGCCAUUGCCGACAAGUACUGCAGUCUAAGAGACGAUGCUGAAGUGUAGUGAUGUUUAUUGUGAUCAAAUUGUACAUAUUCAUAUAGCAAACGGGCCUAACAGGUUGCAGCAUAAUUGAUCCGAAUUAAACAGUUUCAUUUCACAAAACUAGAGGCGGAUUAACAUUGAAACUUGAUUGCAUUAUAUUACAAAAACAGCUCGUCAAAAAAAUUCUAAACUAGGUUCUUUCUAAAUUACACCUUAAGGCAACGAAAAGGGAAGACCAAAUUUGAAUUUGUUUUAGUCGUUUUUACAUAAAAAAGUGAAACAUACAUAAAAUAUAAAUAAGUAAAAAAUCAUGAGAAUCUUAGAUUAGCUUUAAAACUUUAAAUUAGCCUUAAAAACAUAAAUAAUUUAACCCGCCUCUGGCAAAGACUGAUUAGAGUACAUAAUAUUCGAUUCCAAUUAACCAAAUUUGAAAAUACGUCCAUUAAAAAGAAGAGAAAUAAAAAAUAACGUAAUAAAAAUAACAAACGAUGCUCAAGUGUGUUUUUGCUAAUCAUCAGUACUUAAAGCUGCGAGAAUUAUGCUGUGACUUUCGGUUCAACUUUCUUUUUUUACAUAUCAAAAUUGUUAGACUUUUUUUUAAUGUUUCGUGAACAACCAAAAAUAACCUCCACAACACCAAAACGUUUGGUUAUACGAAAUUUAGGUCAUGUAAAAAAAUAAGCUUUAAUCUGUAAUUAUUAGAUUUUAGAGUUUUAUAAAAGGUGCUCAUUGUAAGACAUGUGGUCAUAGAAUCAAAAAAAAACUAAUUAUAAAUCCUUAUUUAUCUUGGAUUAUUGACAAUACAAUAUAAAGACUGCCAUUUUACGUUUUUUAAUUAGUUUUUUUAUAAGUGCAAUAUUUCGAAAUAAUGAAUUUGGUUUAUUGGCUCAAUGUUUUAAUUGUUUGCUUUUGAUUCCAGUAAUUGUAAUUUAACUGAAUUCAUUAUUUCCGUUUGUUUUUUCUUUUGAUGUGAUGUAUAUUUGUUAAAACGAGAAAUUAUACUCUACGAAAACAUAAGUAUAGGUACUUACCAAUAAGGAUGUGUAAUAUGAAAUGUACUAGAUUUAAUAAUUUAUUAACGGGUCUAUCUGUUAGUCUGUGUAGACAAAAAAGAAAAAUAUUUAUAGUAGAACUCUGUCUAGGUAAAAAAAUGUAAAAAUGAUUCCUAUACUGUAUAUGAAAAUAAUAAAAUGUACUAAACUUGA